AACGAAGUUAAAAUAAAGUCAGUGUAAAAUUGCAGCGCAUGUGUCGCAAUUGUACCUAUUUUGUAAGUGUUAAACAAUUAAGGUGAACUGAGAAGUGUAAAUCAAAGGUUCGGAGUGGAAAUAAAAUAUCUCAUUUGAUAUUUAAAGGAAUGCACAUGUAAGAAGACUGUUUAAGAUGUCUGUACCAAUCCUUGUUCGUGUUCUGUUUGCAGUGUUUGCUGUUAUUCAACCGACAACAGGACAGAACACACCAACCUGGAACACAGGAACAACAUUCACUAAGACGUCUUCAGAUUGUCCAGAAAUUACUGACUUGUCUGCAACGUCACAGUCUGGCGACACUGUUGUAUACUCUGUAGAGUCUCAAACCCCGAAUGCCGGAUUUACUAUCGGAGUGAACUUUGCUUCUGAUCCAAUUCUUACGUGUGUGGCUAGUUCCGUAUCCCAAUCCUCGUAUGUUGUAGUUGUAAGAGCAAAGUAUCAGUCAGAUCCGGGCGAUUCAGAUUUAACCAUUACUAUCACAUUUACAGAUCAAUCACACGCAACAGGACCGAUAUGGAACACUGGUACCUCGCAUACAUUCGAUAAAGCGGUCACAACCUUGUCAGCAACUUCGACAGACAGUUCGACCGUUACAAACAGGGCCAAUAAUAAUGUUUCGACAGAUAUAACAUUGACUAUCACUGUAACAGGCCUUAGCGUGAAAGUGACAGAUACAGACUGUAUAAAAGAUACUGCAAACCAGUGUAAAGAUAUCCCAAAUGCAGAAUGUGACAAUGCUGCAACUGGUGCUAAAUGUAAAUGCUCCGAUGGUUAUGCAGCAGAUAGAAAUACUGGCACUUCCUGUGUGAAAACUGUUAGCGGCACAACUUGUACAGCGGGUGGAAAAGAAUGUGAAAGCAUUAAAAACUCACAGUGUGUGUCCACAAAGUGCCAAUGCAACGAUGGCUUUGAAAUGAAUGUUGAUGUUUGUGCGGCAGUAAGUUCAGCUAUAUCUCUUCACUUUGGCAGUUUGACGUUGUUCUUCUUUGUUUCAACUAUGGUUCGACACUUAUUCUGGUAAAUAAUUGCACGGUAUUCUUGAUACAUCUUUUCAUUAUACAUGUAUAUAAAAUACCGAUAUAAUACAUAAUUUAUCCUCAUCAUUUCCGUGUUUAUAAAAUAAAUAUCUUAUUAUUGAAUAUCUAUUUUGAGUCGAUUAUCGUUUCCAUUAAAGAAUAUAAACUGUUUAAAUAUCUGAUGAAAAUAUCACUGUAGAUUGUAAAAAAGUGCAAGGUACCGAAACAUGUGCAGUUAUCUUUUUCAGAUUGUGAGUCAUUAACAGUUAUGAUAUCUAUAAUUGGUGAUUUUUUUUCUUUCAACCUUGUGUAUCGUAUGUACGUCUUUAGAUUUUUGAAGUGUGUGAUGUAUAAUUAAAUUGAUUCAUCGUUGAUCAAGAGAAGAACUUUCUUUUUUAUUCCUAAAGAUUGUUAACCUGACAUUUUACGUUUAAAGUGACAUUAUGCUUAUUUAAAUGCAAUGCAAAUUGACAGUGAAUAUGAAGUAUUAGUCAGUCAUUAUGAUUAAAGAUAUUCUUUUGAAUUAUAUAAUAUAUUUGUUAUUAUUAAAUAUACUAAUUCAACUCAAAUUGACAGCGAACAAAAAUGCAUUAUGUUACUUUAAUGCUCUUAUAUUAAAAAAAACAAAACUUGUUUUGUGUUUCUAUAUCUAUAAAAUGAAAUAUACAUGUAUAUAUCAACUGUCUUAUUAUUGUUAUAUUUUCUGGUCCUUCGGGAUCAUUGAUGCCAACACUAUAGUGUUGAGAAUUGAGUACCGCUCAAGCCGGUGAUAGGGGGCGUGAGGGAUGAUGCACUUAUUCAUUAUCCCUCAUGUACAGACUCAAUCAAACCGAGUCUGCAAUUCUUAUGUUAUUUUGUUGUGAUUAAUGCUUCCGAGGGAUCACUUUGUUUCCAGAAUUUUUUAACAUUCUUUCUUGCUUGUAACAUUGAAUUAAACUUUAUAAAGCUUUAUGUUAAAACGACAUUGACAUAGAUAUUUAUUGUGACCCCACUGUAAAGUUUAGUAUGUUAUUUAGUAUUAAAUUGCUUGCCAUCAAUUUUUAAUUGUUGAUGAAACAGACUCAAAUAGCAAUUUUGACAUACAUUUAUAUUGUUACAGUAAUUUUGUUUCAGAUUAUUAUAUGUUGAAUAAUUUUUAAUAACAUUUAAUGCAUCGAAAUUGAACAAAUUUGUUAACUGAACUUACAAUGCUAUUAUUUCCUUAUCAUGGACAUUUUUUAACGAUAAGCAAUUGUUGGCUGACGAGCGUUAAAUAAUUAUUUGUACAUAUUACUAUAAUGAUCAAAAAUUUGAUUUGAUUAAAUUAUUCAGAAAAUUUGCAAGUACAAUAAUAAAUAGCAAAGAUAAGUUUAUUACAUACAUAAGGCUUUACCAUCUCAAACACGAUAAUAUGUUAAUAUAAAUGUAUGAAACAUACAUUGUCCACUUAAUAAAAUGUUGUUACUGAAAGCA